UUAGAUCAAAUCUCCAACUACUUAACUAUAAUUCCAAGAAUUAUUUUAGAGAUCUGUGCAUCUGGGUAUUCCUCAUUUUAGUGUGUAGUACCUUUAUGUCAUUUUCAUUUCCUCCUGUCCAGUACUAUUCAAUUAUUGUCUUUCUCCUUGUCUCAUUAUUUUCUUGAAAAAAAAAUUGUGUUUUUGUCCCUUUGUUUUUCACUGUAUUUGUUACUACCUCACCUUGUUAUCUGUAUAAAUUCAAGAAUUGUAAUCAUGUGAUACAUGUGCAAAAACAUUUUAGCCCCCCCUGUACAUAAUUCUUGAAAAAGAUCCCAGCUUUAUUUUGUGCCUAUUCAUAUUUUCUGUGUUUUGAUUCAAUUUAUGGAGAAAAUUCCCCCCUUUGUAAUUUGCUUGUCAUUGUUGUUUUUGAGUAGUUGUUAUUGUUCCAUAAAUGUAGAACAAUUGAGGGAUAAAAUUACUUAUUUGCCUGGUCAACCAGCAAAUGUACAAUUCAAUCAGUAUUCAGGUUAUGUUACUGUAAAUGAACAAGCUGGAAGAGCAUUGUUUUACUGGUUAAUUGAGUCACCAGUGAGUAGAAAUCCUGAGAAAAGGCCACUAAUUUUAUGGCUAAAUGGAGGGCCAGGUUGUUCUUCAGUAGCUUAUGGAGCAGCUGAAGAAAUCGGUCCGUUUCAUAUUGAUUCUGAUGGGAAGACACUUUACUUGAAUCCAUACUCCUGGAACAAUUUGGCAAAUUUGCUUUUCCUUGAAUCGCCAGCUGGGGUUGGAUUUUCGUAUACGAAUACUUCCUCAGACUUGUAUAAUGCGGGUGAUCAAAGAACAGCUGAAGAUACGUACCAGUUUCUCGUUAAGUGGUUCGAAAGGUUUCCCCAGUACAAGCAUAGAGAAUUUUACAUUGCUGGAGAAAGUUAUGCAGGGCAUUAUGUUCCACAGCUAUCUCAACUUGUCUACCGAAGGAACAAGGGAAUCAAGAACCCGAUUAUUAAUUUCAAGGGCUUUAUGGUGGGGAAUGCUGUUACCGAUGAUUACCAUGACUAUAUUGGCACGUUCGAGUACUGGUGGACCCAUGGCUUGAUUUCGGAUUCUACGUACAAGCUUCUCCAGAUAACAUGUGACAAAGGAUCUUCUGAACAUCCUUCCACUGAUUGUACUAAAGCUCUUCUUCUUGCAGAACAAGAGCAGGGAAAUAUUGACCCUUAUAGCAUAUAUACUCGUCCUUGUGCUAGUACUUCAUCACUUCGGCGCAACUUAAGGGGUCAUUAUCCGUGGAUGUCCAGAGCAUAUGACCCAUGUACCGAGAGAUAUUCUGAAAUUUAUUUUAAUCUCCCCGAGGUACAAAAGGCAUUCCAUGCUAAUGUAACUAAGGUUGCCUAUCCUUGGAAAACAUGCAGUGACAUUGUUGGAAACUAUUGGGCCGAUUCUCCUCUGUCAAUGCUUCCCAUCUACCAAGAGCUAAUAGCUGCUGGUCUCAGGAUAUGGGUAUUCAGGUUGCUGUAUAGCAGAUCCUUGGCAUAACUACUACCAUGUGACCAGGAGAUCACGGGUUCGAGCUGUGGAAACAGCCUCUUGCAGAAAUGCAGGGUACGGCUGCGUACAAUAGACCAUUAUAGUCCAGCCAUUCCCUGGCACAUAGUGGGAGCUUAGUGCACCAGGCAGGCUGUAUAACAGAUCCCUUGCUCUUCAGUCAUCUCUUUUCUUUGGUUAUCCCGUACUAUUAUUUACGGGAAAGAACUUCAUCUAUAAAAAUCUCAUAUUUGAAAGAAGUACUCCUCUUUUUCUUUGAAGAAAUAGUUUUUUUUGGGCCUGUGUUCUUCUAUGUGAUGUGCUGAUAAUAUUUAAGCUAAGAGUUGCUCUGCUAGCGAGGCGUACUGCAUUAUUUCAGUUACUCCUUUUAGGGAUAAGGUUCAAUAUGCUACAACAAAACAACAAACCCAGUAUAGUCCCACAAGUGGUGUCUGGGAGGGUAGAUAGUACGCAGAUCUUACCCCUACAGUGAAUGUAGAAAGGCUAUUUCCAGUAGACCCUCGGGACGAGAAAAAAUGAGAAAAGAGCAGUAGCAACAAGCAAUAACGAGAACAAGAUAAAAGAAAACAAGGUGAACGGAAAAACGUGUAGUGAUAGAAAUUUACAAUAUUAGAAUACAAGACUGCCACUAAUAAUAGGUUCAAUAUGCUAAAGUACUAUAAUUAACUUCUAUGAUAAGGUUCAAGAUGCUUUUUGAAUUUCACGAAAUGAUAUAAUAAAUGGUCAAUUGUCAGCUUCCUAUUUUUUGGCAGACAAAGGUACCUCAAAAGAGAUUCAGCAGGAAUUUCUAUCUAUUCGCAUUAUAUAUAGCUGAUUUGUGUAGGUUUCACCGUUAGUAUUAGAAGUAUACUAUUCUGCCAUAAGACUUGAGCAUUUUUCAGCCCCGACCUAAGAAACAUUCAUUUGGCUUUUCAAAUGAAGAAUAUCAAGUAUGAAAGAUGAACUGGAAACGUCUCACAUUAUGUGUCUCCUCUUCUAACUAAGUAAUAGAAUGGACUGAUACGUUUGUUUCAUCUAGAAUCAUCAUCAUUUAUGCAUAACUGCCUCGUCAGUCGUCACAGAAGAAAAAGGGCAGCCCGGUAUACAAGGCAUAUCGCCUUCGCGCAGGGUCCGGAGAAAGGCCGCACCUCAAAGAGUGUGAUGUAGACAGUCUAUCCUACUGCACGUAUUAAUGGCUGCUUCAACGGCUCGAACCUGUGACCUAUAGGCCACACGGGACAACUUUACCGUUGCUCUUAGGCUCCCCUCCAA